AAGACAUUCAAAAGUAAUAGAUAAUGAGGACAAUCUUACGCAUUAUAUAAGACAUUUACUCCAGAGUGCAAUCCAUACCUGUUUAUCCCAACUGGAAGGUAUUAACUACAAAGGGAAGAGGAGACUAGGACUUACCAGUAGUGAAUGGGAAUGCUUGGAAAGACUGAGGCUACUUCAUCAGGAGGAUUCUACUUCCUUUUAUGAGUCAAUUAUAGAAGAAAUAAUACCAAGUUCAUUGAGAGAUAGUUGCAGGAAUGGAACAUAUGACCCCUACUUAUCUCCCAAUACAGUUGAAUUAGAUGAUAGGAUACAUGGACCAUGUGUAAGAAUAAGGGUUGGUGGUGGUAAAUAUACCACAGAUAUUGAUCUUGGGUUCUCCAAAGAAAAGCAACAGACAGAGCAUGGUAGAUAUAUACUCCUGCCAUAUAACCAAAGAAUAGAUGAUUUUCCAUCAUGGACUCAAUCUGUCUAUAACAGUAAACAUGAACUAGAUAAACAUCACAACAAGCUGCUGAUGUUAUUGAAACUCCUCAUUCUGGAAUGUCAUCUAGUCCGUUAUAGCUGCACUUACAGCUCACAUGCACUGAAGACCCUUGUGCUACAUCACCAGGCAGCAUGUGCAUCUAGUGAGAGAUCAUUGGGAGGUUGCCUGUGUGAUGUAGCUCACCAUGUAUUUGAACUAUAUGAGAUGAAGGAGGAGGAUGGACACCUGUGGAUAUAUGACAGUAAGAAGGAACUUGAAGAUGUUGAUUUCCCAAGUGUUGAUGUACAACCAAGAUUCUUAAAAUACAGGUCUGAGAAUUAUUGGAUGAUGCCAGUAGUCUUCUACAUCACAAUACGUGCACUGAGAUCUGGCUGCUGUACAGGAGAGGAGGCUCUCCAUGUGGACAGAUGGUUAAUCAUAUCUGAACUAUGGAACAACAAGAAGGGUAGCUAUGUACAGCAAUGUGGUCCCUCAUUUGAUCGAAAAUGCAAGAUACCAACACAAGAGAUUGAUGAAUUAAUAACCAGAUUUUAUAGCAAAUAACAAUUCAUCUCCUUAGAGCCUAAAUUACAGUAUACUCUGUUGUCUCUAUAAUUGGGUCCAAGGUAAAACUAAAUUACUUUACCAGAUAUAUUUUUGAUAUCUUCAGCUAGUAACCACAAUAAUUCUCAAAAAUACUUGU